AUGGUUGAUUUACUAGAGAGUCGGGCAAAGCAUAGCAGUGAUCCAGCUGGGUUGCUGGCUGAGACCCGGCAUAAUCCCGUUGCAGGCGCCCAAGGACAGAUAAGAUCUGCAGAGUUACCACAGGACUCUGCUGUUGCUGCUGAAGCAAAACCGAAGGCUAUUCUUGACCUGAUGGAUUUAGAUGGACUCAAUCUUUUACAUGUUAAGAGUCAUUUACAAAGUCUCAGACCGUUGAGCUUGGUCGAAUCUCAGACCACUAAGACCACUGGGGACAGCAGAAGUAUAGCUAAAAAAGGUCAAAAAUCGAAAAAGGAAAGCCGUGGACGCCGGCAACGUCAGACCCAGGACCAUUAUCUACGGUUCAUGGAAGCACAGAGGUAUCUGAACACGACAGCGACCGAUCAGCAUUUAGGCGGUUCAGCUAAGGAAAAUGCAGUUUUGUACGGGCAACCCUUGGCUGACUUAGGAACGUUCGCAACAAUGCCCGGACCCUCUGGCAUGGUGGCUGCAUUGCCACAUUUUGAUUUCAACCAGCAGAAUUUAUGUCGUCCUACAUAUGAUGCACUAACAGGCCAAUCCAAUGUCAGCAUUCAAGAAGUGCCUUCCGGAUAUCAUCCCCAAACCUUUCUUUACCCUGCACCCGAAGGCUUCUCGACUCCGAAUGGCUACCCUGCUAGUUCAAAUGAGGAAAGUUUGCCUGUACUUCCCAGCAGUGAGGUGGAAAUGAUGAUUCAGCCAGGCGAUGAGGACCUCAUAGAAGCCUUAUUGAAUUGGGGUGAUGAUGAACCAAACAACCUCGACAUUAGCUUUAACUACGACGAUCUGCGAGACUGCUUGAGCUAA